AUGACAGCUACACUGUUGAAAAGAUCCUGGGUCAUGAGUUCACAAAGGAUGUAUGUAAUUGGUCAUCGCAAUCACUUCCCCGGCAAACUUAUGCUUCAAGUGAAGUGGCAUGGCUACGACGACCCAGCAGAUCAGACAUUAGAGCCAGAAGAGAACCUCCUGGUGGGCGCAAAGGAGAUCUUAGAUGAAUACUUCAGAGCUCAAGGUGGUCGGCCACAGAAACCAGUUGCUGUCCGAAAGCGAAAGUCAAUGGGAAACGUUAAGGCGGAGUCUGAAACCCCAGCAGAGCCUAAGCGACGCAGAAAGUCUAGGGCCAAUGCAGAGACCAACACAGAGAUGCCAGAGGCAAGCGAUGUACCCGAUUGGGUGCCCCGAUCAAAGAACUGGGAGAAAGACGUAGAGAAAGUUGAUACCAUCAUUCGCGACCCCAAGACGAACUCAUUGAUCGCAUUUCUGAAAUGGACCAAUGGCAAAACAGCCAAGGUCUCCAUCGAAACCUGCUACGAAAAAUGCCCAAGACAGGCAAGUUUUGCUUGA